AUGUCUGAAAAUUAUUUUUACCUUAAUCACAACCAACCAAGCAAUAAGCUAAAAGAAGCUAUAACUAUGUGUAGAACAAAUAAUUCAAAAAAUAAGCGAAAGCUAGUGGAGAUCUUAUCUCAGUUUAACGUGACUUCUAAGAGAGUUAAGCUAGGAAAUAGUUGCUUAAAAGCUACUAUGGUCACAUAUACCAAAAUUGUUUGUCAUUUAGAAUGCUUAGAUCUAGUGACGAUUAAACCAGAAGUUCCUUUAGCAUCUGGUAUUAUUGAUCUCUCCGGAAAUGAAGACCCAUUUGUAAAUUUGUUAUCAUCUAGGUCUGAGCAGACAAACAAGUCUUCACAGUCUAGGAUGGAACGAAUAGAAGCUAUGAAUUCAAGAAUGAAGCCAGAUCUACAAGUUUUGUUAAAGCUUGACACAGUGAAAAAUGAAAUAGUACUUGCUGAGGUUUUACAAUUACUGCCUCAACAAGAUAAAGAAAUUAUCGACUAG